CUGAGGGCAGCGCCCCGCCGCGGGAGUGGCGGGCGGCCGGUGCACCUGCGAGCGGGGAGACGAGCGGGUGUGGCGACGAGGAGCCGACCGGAGGCGCGCAGCGAGCCGGCGGCCGCGCAGCCCGGCCCGGCGUGCCCAGGCGCCGCGGCCACGAGGCGAUGGAGCAGGAGAAGUACCUGCCCGAACUGAUGGCCGAGAAGGACAGCCUGGAUCCCUCCUUUGUUCACGCGAUGCGCCUCCUGGCAGACGAAAUUGAAAAAUUUCAGGGUUCUGAAGGCAAGAAGGAAGAUGAAGAAAAGAAAUAUCUUGAUGUUAUCAGCAACAAAAACAUAAAGCUGUCAGAAAGAGUUCUGAUCCCUGUCAAACAAUAUCCUAAGUUCAAUUUUGUUGGGAAAUUGCUUGGACCAAGAGGGAACUCCUUGAAGAGGUUACAAGAAGAAACAGGUGCAAAAAUGUCCAUUCUCGGGAAAGGAUCCAUGAGGGAUAAAGCUAAGGAGGAAGAACUAAGGAAAAGUGGAGAAGCCAAAUACGCGCACUUGAGUGAUGAGCUUCACGUAUUAAUUGAAGUGUUUGCUCCGCCUGGAGAAGCGUAUUCUCGUAUGAGUCAUGCCUUGGAAGAAAUAAAAAAAUUCCUCGUUCCUGACUAUAACGAUGAAAUUCGCCAGGAACAGCUGAGAGAACUGUCAUAUUUGAAUGGUUCUGAGGAUUCAGCGCGUGGACGGGGCAUUCGAGGAAGGGGGAUUCGUGUGCCACCAGCAGCUCCUUCAAGGGGACGUGGGGGUGCAAUUCCUCCUCCCCUGCCUGGAAGAGGUGCCCAAGCACCCCGAGGAGCACCAGUGACCCGUGGAGCCCUCCCCGUCCCACCAGUGGCGAGAGGCGUCCCCACCCCUCGAGCAAGGGGUGCCCCGGCUGUCCCAGGCUACAGACCACCCCCGCCACCUGCACACGAGGCCUAUGAAGAAUAUGGGUAUGAUGAUGGAUAUGGAGGUGACUAUGAUGAACCAAGCUAUGAGGCAUAUGAUAACAGUUAUGCUACCCCAACACAAAGUGUGCCUGAAUAUUAUGACUACGGUCACGGAACAAGUGAAGAGGCUUACGACAGCUACGCACAAGAAGAAUGGGCUACAACCCGUUCCAGCCUAAAGGCGCCACCUCCAAGGUCAGCCAGAGGGGGUUACAGGGAACACCCCUAUGGUAGAUAUUGAAGGUCCUCCUCAUCUGUGACCUCAUCUCAAAGACAAUUAUUAGCCUGUGGUCUUCACAUAAGCAGCGACAAGACAAGUAAUAGUCCAUUUCUUUUCUAUCCUAGGGAUUACUGCUCAUUAUUAUCCUAUGUACUACUUGUAUUUCCUAUAACAUUGGAGUGACAUUGACAUUAGUAUUAUUUUAUAACACGGACUUAAAAAAACAGAGACAAAAAACGUUUGGCAAGCAUUGUCUAUAAACCAUUCAAAGAUGAUGUUCUGUUGGUUGUAUUCAUUGCUGUGUGUAACUUAAAAAGCAUGACACUGUUACAGAUCUUGAGUCUCUACAUACUAGCUGAGUUUUUGUUUAGGGUUGCUGAAAGACUGUAAUAUGAUUCUUCCCCCCCCCCCCUUUUUUUUUUUGAACCAGACAAUAAUCAAGCUGUAGAUAAGAUGUUUCAACCUGUCUUCUUUAAUAUAUGUUAGUUUAGAUUAAGAUGUUCAAUAUUAAGUUUGUAAAUUUAAUUUUAAAUGCUGUUUUAAUGGGGUUGAAAACAAGCAGCUACUGUAUGUAUGUAGCUAACUGAAUUUGUUCAGUGUUUUAACCUGUAUUUGUUAAAAAAGAUCACAUAAAGUUCCAUGUGUAAGCUUCUCUAAAUAGGAAACCAUAAUUUUGUCAAAUAUGUUUGCCAUAAUUUGUCAAUAAAGCUGAAACCUUUUGUAACAAACUAAAAUUGGAAUUACUUGUUUUCUAGCUCUAAAUGCCUGCUUUAUUUCUUUUUCAAGAGAUGCCUAAAAUGUUUUUUAUAUAAAAAUUACAAAAAUGAACCCAAGCCUGUUUUAAGAUUUUUUGUGUAAGACUUUAAAAGUUGUAUUAAUAACUUCUGGUUGUUAAAUAAUUUAAAAGUUAACAAACUAAACUGUUACAUGAAUCAUGGUUAGUAUCCACUAAUGUAUAACAUGUUAAUGGAAAAAAAUGCUUUAGAACAAUAAAUGGAUUUUAAACUAUCCUCUAAGCUUGAUCUUGCUAAACACAAACUCUGAUUGACUUGUUUGUAUUAGCAUGUCUCUCGUGAGAAUGUAAUGGAGUUUAAAGAGGUAAGAUUACCACUUACCACUGUUAGACUGUCUAAAUGCUAGUUCUUCAACCUUUGAGUUUCCCCGCACAUUAAAUAUCCCAUUCAACAUGUAAGCAUUGCAUAGAUUCACCUAUUUGUUUUCACUCAGAAGAGUGCGUUGACUGCAUUUUUCGUAGUAUAUAGCAAUUUGUCUUGAUAAACAAAUCAUCAGUGUCACUGCCCAGUUGUUGGUACUCAACUUCAAAAACUUUAUUUGUAAUUUUCAGUGCUAAAUAUCACCGCCCUUGAAGGCAGUUUAGAGGGCUGAUAUUUCUUUUGAGACUAUCAGACUUGAUGGCUGAUGAUUAUUAAGGAAAUAUGUCGCAGGACUCAAAGGAUGACUAAACGUUAAACAGGGACUCACCCGCACUGGACAGCUAAGCAGCAGAUCUGCUGAGAAGUGGUCAGGAAAUCAGUGUGAAAAAUUACCCAUCACUGCAUGUGCUGUUCUGUGCUAACUACAUAUUUUACACCAGUUUCUGAAGAACUCUUGCAGUUAUUCAGCUAUGUCCUAACAAAAAAAUCCACUUCCUUAAUCUGCGAAAGAGUAACAAGAGUCUGUUUAUUCUAGUUAACAGUCAUCUUUAAAUCUUCCGUGAAAAGCUCCCCACAUCCAUCAGUUCAGCUUUUUGGAGCCUUAGGGAAGUACUGUAGCUUUUGAACGCUGUUCAGGGAAUUGAGAGUGUUCGACAUCAUUUGCAAUAAAUCAGUGGGAUCUGAAAGACUGUGCCUCAGGUUGGAACUCACAGCUCCAAGUUCUGGACCUGCCACUACCACCCUCUUCAGGAAAUGCCAGCACUGAGAGUUACGGUGAUCUUCCAGUGUAUCAGGUACAGAGUACUUUAUUAUGUGCAUGAACAGAAAUGCUUAAAUGGAUGAAGCAGCUAUUUACGUCUGAUAGGAGCUAAGUGGGACAUUAAAUUAAUGCCAAACAAGUUAGUAAGACUUUAAUCAAGAAGAAAAAAAAAAAGUAUCUAAUGAACAGCAAUUUGAAGCACAGCAUUUGGAAAGGUCAGAAUGGUACAUUACAUCCUUAUUAUCCAAAAGAACAGAUGACUUUAAUAUCCUGGCAGCAUUUUCCUGUGAAGAAGAUAUUAAACAAGAACUGAAAAUGGCACAAGGUUGCUUCUUACUUUCUUCUGACAAAGACUGCAACAAGGUGAUUAAACUGCACAGAAUAGAUCUCUUUCUAAUGUUCAGUUGUAGAUCAUGCCUACAUUUCAAAAACCUAAGCUAACCAGAGUGUCAAAACACAUGCUAUUUGUUUCAGGUCCCUUAGAACUCAUUUUACUGCUUAUAUGACCCAGUUUCCAUUAAUAUUUUCUGUCUUAAAGUUGGAAAGGCAUAUUAAUUAAAGGUACACAAUGCAGUGAGUUUUGUCAAAUGCUUGUGUUGAACUACAACAAAACAAGCACUACAUCAUCGCUGCUUAAAAUACAGGGGUUUCAGCUUCUGUUCGAAUAGACCUAACAACAGAGAUAAUGUAUUCCAACAUGCAAUGCAUUGCAUGUGUCCUGUUUUGGAGAGUCCUUGAAGGUAUGGAACUGUUUGGAGGCAAAGGAACUUUUAGUCUAUCUUAUUAAAAAUUUGAUUAAUAUAAGGAGCUGUCACAUUCCUUAAAUCACUAUCUGAAUGAAGACUCUUACUUUAUAGGUCUAAGGAGAGCAAAAAAACUUCUGGAGCUUGAUGUCGUAUUUCAAUACUAAAAUACACCAUCAGGGUUCUCAUGUUAAAUCUUCUUAUGACAAGUGAAAAAAUGCUAUGCUUAAAAAUCAAAAAAUAAGUAUAUAGCCUACACCUGUAUUAGGUUAGUAGUCAUCAUUCCACAUGAUAUAUGAGGUCUGCCAUUACAUAAGAAUGUAACAGGUUCUAUAUUAAAGAUAUUCAUAAUUAUUAAAGAAAACACUUUAUAUUAUUCCAGAAGAUCAGAAGAUACCUGUUUUGAAGUAUUGCUGGCUGAAGUAAACCUACAUGGAUUUGCACAAGCUCACAAGUAGAAAUUAUAUGGAACCUUUUUUUUCCACACCACCCAGGGAAUACGUUUGAAAAGAAAUUUCUCCAUGGUACAUUACAUGCAGCAUCUUGCUGAGAAAAGUCAUUCUGCUUCAGUCAAGAGAGAUAAAAUGAACAUUUCCAGUAUAUGUUUUCAGUGUCUCAAGUGAAUAUAUAUGUGUGUGUGCGUCUGUGUGUAUGUGUGCAUGGACUGUUGUCUUUUUCUGCACCUUAGGUGAUUUUAUUUUCCACUGGAGAUUUUAAAUGUAUUUUUCAUCCUUUAUUUUGCAAAUACAAAGUAGGAUAGUUUUUACAAUGCACUGUCAAUGUGUGACCUAUUUUGAAACUCAGACGGUUUUGCAGAACUGUAGUCAGAAAUCCCUAAUGGGUCUUCAUUUCAUAAAUACCUACAGAAAUUAAUGUUUUCCAUAUGCCUAGAAAAUAUCCACUAGAUACAAGUUUCGAACAAGUUCCUUGUAAUUCAGCUAAUAGUCCUUGAAACUGUCAUGACUACAGCCAUCGAGUAUGCAGCCUACAGAAAAUAAUUAACAAAACUCUUUUUUUUCAGUUCCUGAUUAUUAUCCACAAUAGAACUGAGUGUUUUUAUAAUUUGAAUCACUAAGAGCUCUGACCGUUUGAACUUUUGCUAUGAAAACAUAAAAUGUAUGCUGUUGUA